AUGUGCAGGUCCCACCUGGAAGAAACCCAGAGACUGAACCGCCGGAGGAGGUUCCCCUAUCCCAGGGAGAGAAGUGACUCCACAGGCUCCAGCUCCAUUUAUUUCACAGCCAGCUCAGGGAAUGCCAACACGGAUGAUGGAGAGAGUGAAGGGGGUUACACCACGGCCAACGCCGAGUCCGACUAUGACCGGGAGUCGGAGAGGGAGAGCGAGGAAGGGGAGGAUGAAGUGAGCUGUGACACAGUGAGGACGGUGCGCCGGGAUUCCCUGGACCUGGUCACCGAGGAUGAAGCCCCUCUGGCCCUGGAUUCCUCUCUGGAGGAGGGGCUGGGGCAGCUCCUGCAGCAGGCCGACCGCCUGCACGCCGGGGACGAGCAGGACAGGAGGGAGGGGUUCCAGCUGCUCCUCAACAACAAGCUGGCGGUAAAGGUGCCUUGUGGUGUCCCUGUGCUGGGGGAGGGGAAGAAAGAGCUGGAACUUGCCUUACAGAAGUGGGAUCAAAGUGCUGAGUGCCACCAGUGGUUUGCCAUCCUUUGUGGGCAGCUGUCGGAACGCGAGAGCAUUCCCAAGCGCAUCCAGGCCGGGUGUGUUUUCAAGGAGCACAUUGACAAAGCCAUUGAGCUGAAGCCAGAGGACCCCCAGCUCUACUAUCUCAUGGGCAGGUGGUGUUACCAGGUUGCCCACCUGGGAUGGCUGGAGAAGAAGACGGUGUCAGCACUGUUCGAGGCUCCUCCGACGGCCACGGUGCAGGACGCGCUCCAGAACUUCCUACGGGUCGAGGAGCUGAGCCCAGGAUUUUCCAAAGCAGGAAGAGUUUACAUUGCCAAGUGCUACAGGGACCUGGGGAACAGCACUGCUGCUGCACUCUGGAUGAGCCUCGCCUCCGAGCUGCCAGUGAGCACAAAAGAGGAUGCAGAAAGCGAGAGGGAACUCGAGGAGAUGCGCUUGGACCGGAAGGAAUAAUUCUGGAAAAACUCAUCCCAGCGGGUACUGCAGAGACAGUAAAAUGCCAAAGGGGCUUCAUGAUCCUGACAAUUCCGAGUGCACUUCGUGGAUAAGCCAAAGGAGCUUACAGGAGAACACACCCAGCAGCACAUCCAGGAAAACAUCUUGGAUUUAAUGGGAUAAAAUCGUGGUUUGUUUUCCCUCGUGCAGCACUGCAUGUGUUUGAUUUGAGGAUCCCUAAAAAUGUCACAUUCCUGAAAACAGGUGUGCGUGUGGGAGUUUAUAGGUAGAGUUUGUGACAGAGAAAUAUUUGUGGUCAUAUGUAUAUAUAUGGUAGAUAAAUGUGAGAUAUAUACUUUGUGAUAUAAAUAUAUAUAUUUAUGUAUGCAAAUAUAUAUUUUAUAUCACACACUCUGCCUGUCGGACAGCCUUGCUGCUGAUCUCCCAGCUCAUUCCUGAGGAAAACUUCAGCCAAAAUUUUUUCCAGAUUACUUGUUUCCUCUUUUCCUUAAUGAUUCAUUGACUCAGUUGAAAUAACUGAUAAUGCCUUUUGUAGAUAUUUAGGGGAGAGCAAUUUCCUAGCAGGACCAAGGAGCUUUCCUGCGCCAUCCAGGCUGGAUUUUAAGAGGUUUGUUAGUCAGAGAAGUGAGGAAUAAGAUUUUAAACUUGAGGAUUUCCUCCCAGAGAAGUUCCUCCCAUCACUCCCACGAGGCUGAAAACUUCUGUCCCUCCAAAUUGUGCUGCUGUGGUUUAGCUGGAAUAACUGAGUUUGGAGGAUAGUUAUUGAUCAGGGAUCGGGUUCCGGGAGCAGGAAUAUCCCGUGGCAGAGCUGAUGCUUCGCUGUGAUCUUCUUCUACCACUUAGCAGAUUUAUUAUCUUCCAAUUAAUUAACCUCUGGACUAAUGAGGCGACGCCAAGGAGGUGAAGCCGACGACUGACAUUUCCUCUGGCAGCUCCUGGUGACCAAGCAGGAACAGGGAAUUGUGCUGGACACUGACACAGAUGGAGAAGGAAAACCUGUCUUGAGAAAUUACCCAAAUAUUUAUCAAGGCUUCCUUGAUGCCCCUUAAAAUUCCAAUGGCAGCUACUGAACACUGAUUUUUGAGCAUCUGGUCCAUGAUGUGGUGGUUGUGAGGGGUAAAGUGAGAAAGUGUGAGAGUAAAACAUUCCUUAAAUCACCUUUUUAGUCCCUCACAUGUGUGAUGGUUUUGUUACUUCCUGAAAAUAACAUUGGAAGGGAAACAUACAGCAAACUCAAGUGUAAAAACUUCCUGGUUUAUAGAUUUGGCAAUUUUUAGCUUUUUUUUUUCCCCCUCUCCAAAUUAAACUCUAAAAUGUUGGUGCUGGACUCUUCCCCUGCCAACCAGGCACGUGUGCAAUUAACUGUAUUUGCUUAAAACAAUAAAAAUUGGUAUUUAUAAAUGGAAAACUAAA